CGUGAUGGGCUGAGUUGCGUGUCCUGGAGGACGUUUGUCUGACUCCAGACAGGAUUAUUGUCGGCGUCAAGUAUUGUUUUAGGUACAACGCCCGGAACCGUCAAAUGCGCAACGAGGAUGGCGAGCCUAUCAACAUGGAGAGCAUGCCACGUCCGCACCGUCGUCGGAGGGAGAAGAAGUUGAUGCCGAUCGAUGAAGUCAACGAGAAGUUUCCCAUGCAGCAGUACAAGAUGUGGGUUGCUGGCCGUGCACAGGAAGGGUUAUCGACCCGUGGUGGAGUGUCAGCUCCUCCGAGCCGAGCAAACAGUGUCCGGGAUGCGGAUGGUGUCGUACCGGAAUUACCCAAGGAGCGCAUGUCAGCUGACGGGCGACCAACAACAAGCGCGACAGCUACAAAGGCGGCCACGCAACCCCCUGCCGACGCCGUGGCCGGGGACGUAGAAAAGUCCCAAGUUCAAAGUCCGAGACAUAUUCCCAAGGAGAGCACAUCGAGUACAGUUGGAGUGCUCCCUCGAGCCUCGACGGAUUCCAGUGGUGAGCCGGAGGGAACCGUAGCCCAGAAGCACCUGAGCCAGUUUUCCCAUGAUGAGGAUGACGAGGAUGACCAUAUCGAUGCCGCCCUUCCUCCAGAGUGCAUGGGAACGUCAGGCGAUACUUGCGCUAUCUGCAUCGACACUCUCGAAGACGACGAUUACGUCCGCGGUCUGACGUGUGGGCAUGCCUUUCAUGCUUCCUGCAUCGACCCGUGGUUGACGACAAGGAGAGCAUGCUGCCCGCUGUGCAAGGCUGACUAUUAUACUCCCAAGCCCCGCCCUCAGGGCACCGAGGGCGGUGAUGGUACACCGGGCCUUGUUCAGGUCACACUGCCCGGCAACGGGCGCAGUGGCCAUCGCAUGAACAUGCCCGGUAGACCCCGGCCCCUAUUUCUGGGCUUUGGCCGGGUGGGUCAGACCCGUCACAGCAGACGGCACGCUGACACUUCCCGACCGGAGGAUAACGCUAUCUUCUCGGUUCCUGGCCGUCCUGGACGGGGUUCCGAUCCCUCGCCUUCAUCUCCUGACACACCCAGCACGGGACCUGUCAGUGUACUCUCCAGUUUCAGACCUUUCUCUCGGUUCCGGUUCGGCAGGACGCAGAACAACCAGGGGCAACUCGAGCCAGUAGCCUCGGGCGCCAAUAUGACCACCACCCCGUCACAGCUCGAGGCAGCGCGUCACAACCCACAAAGCUAGCGACGACGUGUCCUUUAAGUAACAGCUACGACCGCCGCCCUGUCGAUACCCCGUCUCUUGAUAUGUACAUGUAUCCUUACUGCUGCGAUGCGACAAGCUCGGCCUGCUCGCAAACAUCUGCCUGAUUCUUCCUGGCCACAUACUAUGCCUGUCAUCGUCGAGGCAUGUAUUGUCCACGCACGCUGUCGCCAUUGUCAGAUACCCACGCCUCAAUUGAUCGGUGGAAGGCCACGAUAUACGCUAUGUUACCACACACAUCUACUCGCUUAUCGAGCAACAGCCGCUAGGCCGCCACAUCGCUUUUCAUCAUCCACGGACACGGGCACUCAGCGGCAGGGUGGUGUCACAGUAUCACAAGUUUCUGAUUUACGAGCAGAGGAUGUGUCGCAUACGCCGCGAAGCAAGCACAAGAGCAUAUUGAUCGGGAUGUUGCCGCUUGUUUUCUGUUUUCUAUCGCACUGUCUUCUCCCUCUUCCUAUAAACGCA